GAUUGCAUGACAUGCAGUAGAAGAGUCCCUAGCCGACCUGGUUAAAUAUUUAAAACAACUUCCAAUGUUUGUGUUCAAGGUGCAUUUGAUUUAACUUGAUGCUUGCAAUUUUGGGGCUAUUCUAUUUAUUCCAUACUAGGUAGAUUAAAUAUAAUGUAAUGCAAAUAUUUCAGUCAUUAGUCAUUAUUGAGGUUGUUGUCUUUUUUACCACUCCCAUUGAACACAGAUCACUUCAGAUAAGUCCCUAUUGGUCUUUGAACUUCAGCUGUUGAGACAUCGCUCGCCGGUGAACAUAGUUCUGACAGACGAUUGCAACUCAGCGUUCAACACCAUAGUGCUGACCCUGGGACUAAACACCUCCAUCUGCAACUGGAUCCUGGACUUCCUGACCCAGGUGGUAAGGGUUUGGUGCUGAAGUGUGGAAAAGGGUGAUAGUAAUCACUGAAGAUAAAUAAUGACCGUCCACGAGCCAAAAGACAAAAACAAUGGCGUGUGGCUGAUCUUUUUCAUGCUGGGCUUAGGAACGCUCCUGCCAUGGAACUUCUUUAUGACAGCCACCAUGUAUUUUAGCAGCCGUCUCAGAGACCCCUCCCAAAUGGGCACCAGCCUGUCAGGCAAUGGGACCGGGGAAGAAGGGAACAACCGUAGCCUUUUGGAGGCCAAGUUCAAUAACGUAAUGACACUUUGUGCCAUGGUGCCUUUACUGGCCUUCACCUGUCUCAACUCAGUCCUGCAUCAAAGGAUUCCUCAGAAGUUUCGGAUCAUGGGCAGCCUGGCAGUGAUUUUGGUGGUGUUUCUUCUGACAGCCAUUUUGGUUAAAAUAGAGAUGGCACCCCUCCCCUUUUUCACGUUGACCAUGAUCAAGAUUGUCAUCAUAAACUCCUUUGGAGCUAUCCUGCAGGGCAGUCUGUUUGGCAUGGCAGGCCAGCUGCCUACCAAAUACACCACACCCAUCAUGAGUGGGCAAGGCCUGGCGGGAACUUUUGCUGCCUUCUCCAUGAUCUGUGCUAUCUCAAGUGGCUCGGAGAUAAAUGACGCUGCUUUUGGAUACUUCAUCACAGCCUGUGUAGUGAUCUUAUUGGCCAUAAUAUCCUAUGUGGUCCUCCCUAAACUGGAGUUCUACCAAUAUUACAAGACCCAAAAUGGAAACAGAAUUAGUGAUGAGGAGAACAAGCUGGAUCUACUCAAGAAAGAAAAUGCAGCAGAGACUAAACCUGUUUUCAAAAAAGGAGAAGAGGAGCAAAACGUGUCCAUGUUGACCAUCUUCAAGAAGAUCUGGGUCCUGGCUCUCUCUGUGUGUUUUGCCUUCACCAUCACUAUCGGCACCUUCCCGGCAGUCACUGUGGAUGUGAAGUCUACCAUCGCUGAUGGAGGCACCUGGGAGCUGUACUUCAUCCCUGUGUGUUGUUUCCUGCUCUUCAACCUCAGCGACUGGGUUGGGAGAAGCCUUACUGCUGUGUGUAUGUGGCCUGGGAAGGACAGCAAACUGGUGCCCAUUCUUCUGGUGGCCCGUGUGAUCUUCGUGCCGCUCUUCAUGCUGUGCAAUGUUCAGCCCCGCUACAACCUGCCUAUCUUCUUUGAACACGACGCCUGGUUCAUCGUCUUCAUGAUAGUCUUUGCCUUUUCCAAUGGAUACCUGGCCAGCCUUUGCAUGUGCUUUGGGCCCAAAAAAGUUGCUGCUCAUGAAGCGGAGACAGCUGGAGCCAUUAUGGCCUUCUUCUUGUCCCUGGGUUUAGCUCUGGGAGCAUCCCUCUCAUUCCUCUUCAGAGGCCUGGUCUAAAAUGGCGCCCUGUAGAGAACAUGACCCCAAAACCCCAAAUUGACCUAUAAAACUUGCAUGGUAA